AUGUAUCAGUUUACUAGAAAAACGUAAUUGACUAGUCAAAUCAAUUUUGUUUUCUUUGAAGCAUACCAUUGAGACAUUAUUUUUAUUAAGAAAGCGUCUUCCAUAAUUCAAGAUUGAUUUCACACGAGGUAGGAUGAGCAGCGCCUCUAUGGCAGCUUGCUUCAACUACAACAACCAAAACGCGCCCAAGACUCCGCAAGCUUCGGCCAAGGGUGACAAGAUCGACAUCAUGGACUCCGGGGUAGCAUGGCACAGACCUCAGUCGGCCGCUACCCGAGUGGAGGAGGAGCUAAUGCAGAAAAGUGUCCGAGCUCUGAACACGACUACCGACCCUUUGGAGCGGCUGCGUCUCCUGUGCUUGUCUCGCGGCGCCUCUGGGAUCAUGGGGCUGGGCAGAAUUUUCCGGCGUAUGGAUGACGAUGGCAGCAAGCAGCUAAAUAAAGAGGAAUUCUUCAACGGCAUCAAAGAAACUGGGCUUGAACUGAACGAUAGUGAUGCUGAAGAGUUAUUUAAGAAAUUUGAUACCGACAACAGCGGUUCCAUCAGUUUGGACGAGUUCAUCAAGCAGAUACGCCCACCGAUGUCUGACUCCCGGCGCGCCAUCGUACAGCAAGCGUUCAAGAAGCUGGACAAAACGGGUGACGGCGUUAUCUCCGUGGCAGACAUCCGCGGGGUGUACGACGUCACCUCCCACCCACUGUACAUGAGCGGCGAAGAGAGUGCUGACGUUAUACUGAACAGGUUCCUCGCCAACUUUGAAACUGAGGGAAUUGUUGAUGGAAAGGUGACUUUAGAAGAGUUCAUGAACUACUACAGCGGCAUCAGUGUGUCCAUAGACAACGAUUGCUACUUCGAUCUGAUGAUGCGUCAAGCCUACAAACUGUAAUCGACCACAGCGCACACCGAGAAAGUUGAUACCACCACGGCUAUAAACUCUUCUCCGUUGCAGAAUGCACCAUUUUAAAAGAUCUAACCUGUUGACCGAUUACAAACUUUACUUUUGUCACAGCUCAAUCAAAGAUAACAUUAUAACAAAAUAACACUAUAUUCCUAUCAGUCUCAUGGUACUGCUACGUUUAAUGAAAUGCGGAACUGAUAACUAUUAAUGUCACAAAACCUAAUACUUUACAGUAUAGCUAUCCUACUACAUUUGGGAAUACAAUAAUUAAUCUAAUGUUUCGAUGAAUAUAAAGAUUUCUACAAUCUAUAUAGAUAAUUCAUCAGAAAUAGCACUAAUUACUAUGCGCUAGAGAAGAAAACAUUUCAAAAAUAUUAUUUUUUUGUUCCGUUUAAAUUUUUACCUCACUUUUUGUAAUUUGUGACCAUAGAAUCGCAUUUAUUUUUGUAAGCUUACACAAAGCACUAGAAAUAUCUCGAUGUAAUAAAGCAUUUGCACUAAAUAUAUGUUCGCUAAUUGUUGAUAUUAAUUAUAUAGUUUAUAUAAUAAAUUAUAAAUGUGUGAUUCGUAUUAACUAUGUACCUUACUUUGAAUUAAAUAUUUUAACAGUA